AUGCGUACAUUUGCAUUGCAACAGUCAGGGGUAAUAGGAAUUCUUUUGGUCUGCAAUGCGUUUCUCUUUGGAGUAUCGUGGUACUAUGGACCUUUCCAACGCAUUCCUCUCUGCAAAGAUGUAAAAAUUCUUGAUGCUCAAGGUAUUUCACCGCCAGAGGCAUUCUUUGUCAAACCGACCUACACUCCGGGCCUCCUUCCCAAUCUAACACAAAUUCACUGGCCUUCACUCAAAUUUGCGUCCUCUCCUAACCCAAACAGUCUCUACAAAUCUAAAUUUUUCGCACCCAGAAUGACAGCCACUCAGCAUGGCAUGCUAUUGAAGUUCAUAAACCUGUUUGCGGAAAUAAUGCGAAAGAAUAAUCUGGAAGAUAAGUGGUUCAUAAGCUCAGGCACUCUUCUUGGCUCUCUUCGGCAUCACAGCUUCAUCCCUUGGGAUGAUGAAGCUGAUGUACUCGCAGACAUCAAGUACAGAGACUUAAUCCAAGAUAGCAUUAAGAGACGUCGCAUGGAAGGCUACCUUAUUACUCCAAGUGGAUAUAGAGACAAACUUUACAUGUCCAUUCUGCCCUCAAGUAUGGACGAUGUGGACGUGGAGGGCUCUAGAAAGAUUCCGAGAAAGGACUAUGGCUGGCCCUACCUCGACAUUUGCUACUACAAAAUUGAAGGUGAACACCUUUAUGAAUUGGAGGAGUACAACCUCCAGAGCUAUGUAUACCGAGUAGAAGAUAUUUUCCCUCUGAUCUACCGUCCCUUUGGUGGGAUGUGGCUGCCAGCGCCCUUCAAAUCGGUAAAAUUGCUCGUAGAUAUGUACCCUCGAAAUGUUGAUUGCAUUUACAAUGGCUACUCUCACUUGGCCGAGUGGAGACGACGUCAUGCUACCGUCUCCUGUGACACCCUUGCGAGCCGUUACGCCUUUGUUCGACGCUGCCCUAUACAAGUGGCCCAUACAAACGACGCCAAUGACAAUGUGACAUUUGUUGUGGAGCAGAUGAUCAAUCGCACAAACACCGGUAGUUACAGUGUCGUCCACGAAAUCACCACACUCGUCCACUCAGCCGAGCGCAAUUCGCAUUUUGACCCCUUGACAGUCUGA